UGCAUUAAACGUUGAAGUGACGUUCUCCUCCGAGUAAACGAGUGCCGAGGAGAGUUUUGUCAAAAGACUACUGAUAUUUUUACGUUUCCUUCUUGACCGAGAACAAAGCCUGUUGCGAAAGACGUCCCAUUACGGCCAUGUCGAUUGCUUUGGAUCACGAUUACUGCUUAAUGGAGCCAUCUGGCAACGAUUCCAAGACCGAGAUUUUGUCGUGCCUAGGCACAACGAAGCCACGAAACAAGAGGAAAGAAGAAAUUUGUCCCAGAGAAGAUCCUGACGGAGAGAUUUCGUCCAUUGAUGAAUCCAUAAAUUUGGAAGCAUUACCUAGUUCUUCAUCCCCUGCCCAUAGUUCAGAUAGUGGAUUAGACGUUGGAAUUGAGGAUUUCCUGACCGAUUUUGCUUCAUCGUGGGCCGACGAAGACUUUGGAUUAAACGACCACGAUAUCAGAGAUUUAGAGGAACUCUUGAACUUUAACGAACAAUCAAAUAAACCGCCUUCUACAAAACCCUGCUUUACAAGUCUUCCAGUGAAUGGGAAUCUUGGGAAAAGGCAGCGAAUUCCUCAAGAAAAAGUGGAAGACCAACAAGCCAUCGUCGAGAGAAACAGAAAGAACGCCAUUGCUGCCAAGGAGAACAGAGAAAAGAAAAAAAAGUACGUCGAAGGGCUUGAAAACACAGUCACUGAUUUGAAAGAGGAGAAUAAGACUCUUAAAGCCAAAAACGAAAGCUUGACGUCUAUUAUGAAGAAGCUGGCGGAUGAGGUGAAAUAUUUACGAAAUGUUCUCGCUAAUGAGAGCACAAUUUCACUGUUGCUGAAGAGCGUGGCGGCUACACCUGGAAUUUCGUUAUCUUCGUCGCUUGUGCAGUCGACGCAAAGUCAAGAUACCGAAAAGGAAAGCGACACAAAAGAGGAAGAGGGGCGCUAUGUGACCAGAAGCAGGAAGAGGCGGUCUGACGAGGGUGUGGAAGAUGCCCCCAGCAAGAGAAAACGGUCAAAUUCUUCUGGUGGUGUGUGUCUCCAUGUGCGCGGUGGCAAAGUGUCCUUGGAAUUAUGUUCAAAGUGUGAGAGGAAAGCAAUGGAGAGAGGAGUUCUGUAAAUGAAACAAAAUGUCGGUAUCACAAAGUAUAGGCCAAGUAUAUUAUCACUACUUUGUCAAACUGAAGUGUUUCAGCUGCGGAACAACAUAUAAACAGGGAAAGAACCCUUAAGGUUAUGAGUUCCUGUUAUCCAAGACAGAAAACUAUCUAAAAAAAGACGAAAGGAAAACAAAAAAAGAAAAGGCCUACUUCAGUGUAGGCUGAAUGAAAUAGUUUUGUUACUUUUGAGCAGCACGCACUCGUCGUCUUUCUUUCUUUUUCAGGUGCCACCAAACAAGGUUGGAUCUAAGCCACAAGUUGAACUGAACACAUCACAACAGACUUCGUGAACUAAAUGCUGCAUCCUCUACACUAUGGAGUGCUCUUCUGGACUACUGUUUGUAGGUAAUAAUAUUUGAAAUAAGUAGCUAAAUGACUGCAGACAACACUACAAAGAAGGAUUUCAAGAGAAUGAAGUCGGGAAUCAUUUUUGAUUAGCUUUUAAAGUUGAAGAACCAGCAGUUAAUCCUUAGUUGGAUUUUCAUUUAUUGUCUUAAAGACAAAAAUAACCUGAAAACUUAAAUUGGUGUUGGCCAAGUAAACAUGAGGUUUUUCUUUCAAAUGUUGACCACUUGAGGCAAAAAGGAGAAGAUUUUUGACAUAAGACUACAGUACCCUCUAGUGCUUGAGUUAGUGUUUCUAUGUAUGCCAAAUCAGACAAAUUUGGAAAAAAAGAAAUUAAAAAAAGUCUAAAAAUUGUGUUUAUUGUCUUAAAGACAAAAAUAACCUGAAAACUUAAAUUGGUAUUGGCCAAGUAAACACGAGGUUUUUCUUUCAUAUGUCAACCACUUGAAGCAAAAAGGAGAAGAUUUUUUACAUAAGACUACAGUACCCUCUAGCACUUGAUAGAUAAAUUCA